GGUCUUUCAUUGUCUGAUGUUCAGAGAGAAUUGUCAGUCUGUAGUUAUCCUGUAGAGACUGCUCGCAGCCCUCUGGUAGUUUCAGCCUGAUCUGGUCAGGAUUGGGGAAUUUUCCACAGAUGAGGCAAAGGAGUAUUCCUAUGGAGCCUGUCUUUCAGAAAGCAGGAGUAGCUGACUUAUUCCCAACUCCAUAUCCAUGGCUGGAAUUGCCACAUCUGUGAGUCUUUCAUAAUAACACUUCAGUAGCCUGACUGACUUUAACCAAUCUGGCAGAAGAUGAGAGCAUUUUUGGGGGGGAAUUUAUUUGAGAUUGGUGUUUAGAAUCACCAGACCUCAAAGCCCUCAUUCCUUCAGGCACAGGAGGAGAGUUCAGGCUCCCACCCCCUGCAGUCAGGGGGCAGCUAGUCACCUAUUUCUACCUGCCAACCAACACUUGCAGUGGUUGAGGGGAGAAAGGAGGGGAGUAUUCAGUUUUUUUCUUGUAAAAGAAAUCAUGAUCAAUGAUCUGUGCCAUUUAUUUAAUCUACAGUGGUUAUUUGUUCCCCCAGGGAAAACAGGGUUCACACUUUGCAGUCAGUGAUUUCAACGAGCUGAUAAUUUAAAUGGGUGUCCCAGGCUGAAUUGGGAAUGUUUGUUACAUAACCUGAGAAUUUUGCAUAGUGCUUCAUCCUCAGGCUUGUAUUAAACUUGAUUCGAAAUCAACUUGUGUUUUUAAUAGAAAAUGCAAAGAAGCCACAUUAAGUUUCCAGAUAUGAAGGAAGAAUAAAAAGUUCAUGUCAUUUCCACAAAAGGCAUGGGCAGAAAGAGAAGUAGCAAGUUGUCUGUAUAGGCUAUGCUGAUUUCUGUCUAUUUUAAAUUAGUGUCAGGGACACACAUAAUGGAUCUGGGAUGUGUCCUAAUCUCAGUCUCCAUAGAAAAAUUUCCCAGGUUAAAAAAAGCAAGGUCACCAAAGACUACAAACAAAUGUCCUGUGGGAGGGAUGGCAUUACAUUUGUCACACACUCAGUAUUCAGUUGGGAAAAUGAAUUUUUGGGCUAAGUAUUCCUGUUAUUUAUUUUUUUCUUCUUUAUUACUUCCCAUCUCUUGCCUUUCACACGUGUUUGCCCUUCCACUUUCCAGACUCCCAACUGUUCUGGUUCCCAGCUGAGCAGCUCUGUGCAGAACAGCCAUUUUGAGCUACAUGCUCACUAUUUAUUGUUUUCCUCCGGAGAGAUCCCUGAAUACAUUGCACAGGUCCAGUGCCACAUUUGAAACUGUUAUGUUUUUUAUUUGAAACUGUUAUGAAUUUGCAACUAUUUGUUGAAAGAAAAUGUCAUCUAAAGCCAGGAACCAAGAAAGUUACCAUUGUAUGCUCAUAGUAACAAAUGAGCUGUUUUGGUUUUGUUUUCAGGAACAGCUGCAGCGUUUACUCAGCUGUUUCUUAACGAAAUGAAUGAGUUUACCCAGUGGUCUACUGUCAAUCUAGUAAUAAUUCCUGUUGUCCGGUUUUGUCUUCUUUUCUUCCUAUUUAUUUUAUUCACGAUCCAGUAUGUUGUGCCUUAAAGCAAGAAAGUCUUAAUUUUUUUAAGGCUGCAAGGCAAAACUGUGGAUUGUAACACAAUGAAAAUGCUAGGUAGGAAAAGCUGUGCCGGUGAAAAUCACUGCCUUCCUGGGCUCACUCGGUGCGGUUUGCAUUUGCAUGUUAAGAUUCGGAAAUGAGCUGUUUAACUGAAGGAAAAGUGAAGAUAGCAGGUGAGCCCGGGGCAGAUUUCUGGCAGGUGUUGGUAAAUGUCGAUGUGUUGUUUGAAGUGUCCGCUAGCACAGCUGAUACCCAGCUCUCUUUACUCUCGCUGGCGUUCAUCUGCUCGUUUCCAAGUUCCUUUCCCAGCAAGCUGCCCAUGGACAGCCCGGAAUGCUCUUCACCGUGCAGGGGGUGCUCUUGGACCUGGGUCUGCAGCAGAAAAAACAUGAACAGCAGUGCUGGGCAAGGCCUCCUGAGAGACGGGGGACUCGAGAGGGUCCUCAGCCUCUGGUACUUGUGCAGGUCCAAACUGGUACUGCUGCUUCCUCCAGAGCUGGGACUGGUGCCCGCCCGUGUCCCCUCCGAGGAGAGCAGGGAGUCGGCUGCAGCUCGGUUGGGGUGUAGCAGGGAGUUAAUGAACACUCAGCCUCUGAGGAGAAAGGCAGGCUGUCCCAUUCUCAUGUAAAUUAAUCUGCCAGAGCCGCAGACAGUGCUUGGCUGCCACAGAUCACAAACACAGAAAAUGCCAAGGCUGAACCUGGCCGCGGUAUUUUCAGUGUUUCUGUGAGGAACUACUGCCCGCACUUUACCAUCGCCUUCAGACCCGUGUUCUCCCUGCCAAUCUGCUGUGCUGCCGUUCAGCCCAUUGUCCAGCAGCUGUGGUCUUGCGGCACCAGGACCCCCAGGGACACUGCUAUCCCCCCUGGGAACAAGGAGUGUCUGCACCCAUCCUGCGGGGCCAGCACAGAGGCCAAGCUGCUGCUGCUGCUGCUGCUGCUGUCGGAGCUCGGCUCCAGAGGGGGGAGCUCCGGGCAGGGAGGAUGGGUCCUCCUGGGCUCCCUCUCUUCUGCAGCCCGUGGGGCAGCACAGCAGGCAUGGGAGGCAGGAUUGGCUUGUUUUCGAGCUGUAGGAGCCUUAUGCUCACAAGCCACCACUUGUUCUUUGGAUCAGCUCCCUCAGUAAUUCCGGGAGAUGGCUGAGGAGUGGUUUUGACAAGAUGCCACUGAUUGCUUUCUCUGCAUCUAAAGUGGUUUGGGAUUUGAGCCUCCCUUGGGUUUUACUUUCUGUGCUGAGAUGUUUGUAACCUUCACUGCCGGUACCUGAGAGCAACUUGUUUCUCUCUAGAUAGCCCAUCGAAGAUGUAGAUGAUGAAGAGGUGUUUUCCCCCUCUGCCUUGGAAUCGAAUGUCUCUGUCACAGACCAGGGCAUUUCUCUAAGGAAAUGGAUAUGUCUUCCCAAAAAUACCCAGUCAAAAAGCGAGUGAAAAUUCAUCCCAACACAGUAACAGUGAAAUACACCUCUCAUUAUCCCCAGCCAGGAGAAGAGGGAUGUGAGGAUGUUAAUGAAGAUACUGGAGUAUUUAUGGAGGAUAAUCCUAAGAGAAGACUACUGAAUGAUGGUAAAAAGAGAGAAAAUACUUUUUUUGGUACAAUAGACACCAAGCCAGCACAACUGCCAAAACCCGAUGAGGCUGUACAAUCCCAGCACUUUCCUGAAGGAAAUGUACUGCAGUCCAGGAAAACGUGGGCAGUCCUUUUUGGGUCUGCCGUGGCUCACGGAUGUGUGGCUCUGAUCACAAGAUUAAUUUCUGACCGUUCCAAAGUGCCAUCUCUGGAGCUGAUUUUCAUCCGCUCGGUGCUGCAGGUGCUGUCCCUCAUUGCUGUGUGCUACCACCACGAGCCUCCCUUCGGCCCCAAAGGCUACAGGCUGCGGCUGUUCCUCUACGGGGUGUGCAAUGUCAUCUCCAUCACCUGUGCCUACACCUCCUUCUCCAUAGUGCCCCCCAGCAAUGGGACCAUCAUGUGGAGGGCCACCACCACGGUGUUCAGUGCCAUUCUGGCUUUUUUACUCAUAGAUGAAGGAAUGGCUUAUAUAGAUGUACUCACUGUCAUGGGCAGUGUGUGCGGGGUGUGUCUGGUCAUGAUCCCCAACAUUGUUAAGGAGGAAAACUCUUUGCUGAGCACCUGGAAAGAAGCUUUUGGCUAUACCAUGACGGUCAUGGCUGGUCUGACCACUGCCCUCUCCAUGAUAAUCUACAGGUCCAUCAAAGACAACAUCAGCAUGUGGACAGCGCUGUUCACUUUCAGCUGGACAGGAACAGUGUGGGGAGUAUCCACCAUGUUCCUGCUCCAGGAGCCAAUUGUCCCACUGGAUGGGGAAACCUGGAGCUAUCUCCUUGCCAUCUGCCUGUGCUCCACUGCAGCCUUCCUGGGAGUCUACCAUGCCCUCGGCAAGUUCCACCCCGCUCUGGUGAGCACUGUGCAGCACCUGGAGAUUGUCAUCGCCAUGGUCCUGCAGCUCCUUGUGCUGCACAGCUUCCCAAGCACUUGUGAUCUGGUUGGGGCAGUGCUUAUUUUGGUGAGUGUGUUUUUCCUUGCGUGUUAUAAGCUUUCCUGGAAGGAAUUAAGAGGACAAGAUUAUCAGGAGAUUGUGGAUUUGUCCAGUAAAUGAAUGUCUGUUUUCAAUGUCUCAUUCUGGCUGUGACCAUGUGGAAGUGAUUCCUUUCAAUUCCUGUGUCCAAUCCUAGUGGCCAGGCCCUCUCUCUACCAUUUCACUUCUCAGCUGAUGUAGCAAUGUUGGUAUUUCCAGGCUCCCGUGCCAGGUGGAUUUGUUCUGCUGCACACAACCAUUUUGUCAUACCCAAAAGAGUAGCACAGCCAGCACAGGCUGGCCCACUGAAAUGUGGGCCAAGCUCUUCUUGACCUUCUCUGGAUAAAGCAAUACAGAGGGACUCAAAAGUGACUCUCAUUCAUGGGUGCUGUGGUAGUAGGAAGAUGAGCAGCAAAACCAUUAAAAAGGUCAAACCAAAUUGUCAUUUCCUCUGUAAUGCUUCUUAAGCUUUUGCUGUCAUAUUCUAAAUAGAGCAAUGCUAAAUUUAUGUGCCUAAAACUUGCAUUUCCUGUGUGUAUAAAGAAGUCAGUAAAGCUUUUUGUGCUUCGUGGCUAAAUUUCUGGCUGAAACAAUGCGGGAAGCCCACACGUCCUGUGGGGGAAAGUGAGCCUCAAAAGCUGAAUUUCCACAGUUGUUACAGGUCCCCAGGAACUAUAAGGUCCAUGACAGAUUAAAAGAUCUAGCCCUGAAGCAGACCAAAAUCCCUUCUAUGGAACCAUAUUUUGUAAAGGAGGUUUUGAGUAUUAUCCAAGGGAGCGUAAAAAAUGGAGAAAUAAAAGAAUGCAUUUCAGAUGGGUGUGUGAGCAGCAUGGUAAUACUGACUAGCCUGGCAGCACCAGUGACUGCCACUCAGGGGGCCUGGGUCCAAAAACUCCAGGAAGACAUGGGAUUCACCAAGAGCCCCAGAGUACUAUGAGCCCAAAUAAUAUUCCUGGCCAUUCU